GAUACCGGAAUCAAAAUGAGAUAGAGACUCUUCAACAAGUUGGAUUAAGGGACCUUUUUCAUGAAGACCUUGUGUGCUGGCCAAUAUGGGAACAAAUCAUGAGUAAGUUAACCAGAAAUCAAGACUUGAUAAUAAAUCUACAAGGCAAGAGGUCUGAUUUGCCAAUUCAAGGCGAUUCCUUCUGCCAGUUGUGGGCAACAGAAUCUACUCAGGUUUCUGAAGAUGAGAACUAUGUAAUAAAGGUUCAAGGGGAAGUUCAAAGUGCCAAUAGUAUAAAAAAUCAAGAUUUUCCAAGUAAGACCGCCUGGGAUUUCUGGAGAGAGUCACAGAAUUAUCAGAGUAGGUGUCAGCAGUUUGAUGGGAAAUGUAAACUGUGUAAGUGUGAUGGUUGUGAUAUUAAAAAGACCUCUCAUGACCAUGAUGAUGAUCAGGAAGUACAUAAAGGUGAGAAGUCAUGUAGCCACAAGAAUUGUGGGAAAUGUUUCAUGAAGACAUCAUUUCAGCAUAAUGGAGUUCAUGCAGGAGAGCAGAAUUCUCAUGAGAAUGGACAAGGCUUCAGUUUGGGCCCCAGUCUUGAACUUCAUCAGCAGUUACACCUAGGAGCAAAAUCUCAUAUGUGCAGUGAGUGUGGGGAUGGCAUCAGUUAUAGCUCGCUGCUUUGCACUCAUCAAAGUGUUCUCACAGAAGAGAAAUUCAGUAGGAAUGGUGAGUGUGGUGAAGACUUCUGUCAAAGCUUACAUCUGCAAAUUCAUCAGAGAAUCAACACAGGAGAGAAGCCCUACAAAUGUGCUGUGUGUGGGAAAGGCUGCAUGUGUAGCUCAUAUCUUCAUGGUCAUCAGAGGUUCCACUCUGGAGAGAAACCCUACAAAUGUGCUGUGUGUGGGAAAGGCUUCAGUCGGAGUUCACAUCUUCAAGUUCAUCACCGAGUCCACACUAGAGAGAAACCCUACAAAUGUGCUGUGUGUGAAAAGGGCUUCAGACUGAGUUCACAGCUUCAUGCCCAUCAGCGAAUCCACACUGUAGAGAAGCCAUACAAAUGUGAGGCAUGUGGUACGGGCUUUACUCAUAGUUCACAUCUUCAAGAACAUCAACAAGUCCACACUGGAGACAAACCCUACAGAUGUUCUGUGUGUAGUAAGAGCUUUAGUCAGACCUCAAGUCUUCAAGCCCAUCAGCGAAUCCACACGGGAGAGAAACCCUACAAAUGCACUGUGUGUGGUAAGAGCUUUAGUCAGAAAUCACAUUUGCAAGUUCAUCAGCGAGUCCACACUGGAGAGAAACCCUACAGAUGUACUGUGUGUGGGAAAGGCUUCAUGUGGAGCUCAUAUCUUCAUGUUCAUGAGAGGAUCCACACAGAAGAGAAACCUUACAAAUGUGGGGUGUGUGGAAAGAGCUUCAGUCAGAGUUCACAUCUUCAAGCCCAUCAGCGAAUCCACACUGGAGAGAAACCCUACCAAUGUGCUGUGUGUGGUAAGAGCUUCAGUCGGAGUUCACAUCUUCAAGGCCAUCAGCGAUUCCACACAGGAGAGAAGCCCUACAGUUGUGCUGUGUGUGGUAAGAGCUUCAGUCAGACCUCAAGUCUUCAGUACCAUCAACGUGUCCACACUGGCGAGAAACCCUACAAAUGUGAACAGUGUGGGAAAGGCUUCAUGGUGACCUCAAGUCUUCAUGUUCAUCAGAGGAUCCACACAGGAGAGAAACCCUACAAAUGUAGCGUGUGUGGGAAGAGCUUCAGUCAGACCUCAAGUCUCCAGACUCAUCAGCGAGUCCACACAGGAGAGAAACCCUACAAAUGUGCUGUGUGUGUGAAGAGCUUCAGUCGGAGUUCAUAUCUUCAGUCCCAUCAGCGAGUCCACACUGGAGAGAAACACUACAAAUGUUAAGAGUGUGGGAGAGGCUUCAGAUAGAGCCUGUAUCUUCAGGUUCGUCAGAGGAUCCACACAGGAGAGAAUCCCUAUAAAUGUCACCUGUGAGGCAAGACCUUCAGUCUCACGAAGUCUCAUCUUCAAGCUCAUAAAAAUGUGAGACAUGCCAUAAGGGCUUUAAUCACAGUUCACGUCUUCAAGAACAUCAAUGAGUCCACACAAAAGACAAACCCUACAAAUGUGCUAGCUGUGGUAAGAGUUUCCAGUCAGACCGCAGUCUCCAAACUCAUCAGCAAAUCCACACUACAAAUGUGCCCUGUGUGCUAAGAGGUUCAAUCAGACUUCACUUCUGCAAGUUCAUCAGUGAGUUCACAGUAGAGAGAAACCCUACAAAUGUGCUGUGUGUGAGAAAGGCUUCAUGUGGAGCUCGUAUCUUCACGUUCAACAGAGGAUCCACUCAGGACAGAAACCCUAUAAAUGUGACAUGUGUGGUAAAAACUUC